AGUAGUUAUAGUGUGUUCUGUCGCGGAACAUUGCUGUGUCAAAAAUGGACCCGACACAGUGUAUUGAUGUGUUUAUUUUCAUUUAGCGAAGAACAACAGACGUCCAUGUUACUUCACGAUUGAUAAAAAAAAAAAAAUGUUUUUGGUUUAGAAAAAACCCGGCUCUGUAGGAAAAUCCGUGCUUGAAGAGAGAGGGGCCGGUUACACGGGACUCGGAAAGUUGAACGAGUGUGGAGAAAGUCUAUGAGGACUAUUUCACCGGACACCGGCGCCGUUUUCCCCAGACAUUGCAACUUGAAACUUUUUUUUUUUUGGUUGUAAAAAGAGUGCUUUGCUUUGAUGAACGGCUUGAUUACUACACACAAGUGCAAAGAGUAGAGGUUUACAGGAAGUCGUCCUACGUGAAUUAUGACAUUGUAAGAAGAAUUCGAUUCGAAAACGUCAAUUCGCCCGGCGUAACGGCAUCAUAACGGGAACAGGCGAAAGAGGGAACUUCCUAUUAAAAAAAACCCCCAACAAACUAGAAUAAUAUUAAAACAUUUCUUAGACACUGGAGAUUCGUUCCACACUAUUAUGUCAGUGAUGGGGAAAGAAGCUAGCUUGGAAGGCCUAGAGUUUGAUGGGGAGACUGUGUUGUGCCGUGUCUGUGGGGACAAAGCCAGUGGGUUCCAUUACGGUGUCCAUGCGUGUGAGGGAUGCAAGGGUUUCUUCCGACGAAGCAUUCAGCAGAAAAUCCAGUACCGUCCAUGUUUGAAGAACCAGCAAUGCAACAUAAUGCGGGUGAACCGCAACCGCUGCCAGUAUUGCAGAUUAAAGAAAUGUAUUUCUGUCGGCAUGUCUCGAGAUGCGGUGCGGUUUGGCCGGGUUCCCAAGAAGGAGAAGGCGCGCAUCAUCGAACAGAUGCAGAAAGUGAACGCUCAGUCACAGACGAUGGCGCUCUUCAACAUUCUGCAGAGUGAACUCGACGUGAUCCAGUCGGUGAUCAACGCCCACCGCAUCACGUGCGACUUCCCGAUCGCCCGCGUCCAGCAGAUGAGAGAAUCGGCCCUCCAGGCGGGAGAAUUCGUCAACUGCCCAGCACAUAUGGCGUGUCCGUUGAACAACCAGAUUUGCAUGGAGGCUAGCAGCAACAAGAAUGACUGGAUCGACUACUCCGAAAGCUUCACUCCAGCGAUCAAGUCGGUCGUCGACUUCGCCCGGGGAAUCCCUGGCUUCAUCUUGUUGAAUCAGGAUGAUCAGGUGACCCUGUUGAAGGCGGGGACCUUUGAGGUGUUGCUCGUACGACUUGCGAUUCUCUUCGACCCGGACACGAACACGAUGAUGUUCACAGGAGGGAAACUCUUCAAACGCCAUUCGUCGCCGAUGCCAUCGGGUGCGGGAUUUCUUCUGGAUUCCAUGUUUGACUUCGCAGAGCGUCUCAACCGAAUGCACUUGACAGAUGAUGAACUCGGGCUUUUCUCCGCCAUCGUCCUACUUUCCCCAGAUCGUCCCGGGUUACGCGGUGUUGAGCAGACGGAGAGGAUCCAGAACCGGCUGACGGAGGCGCUACAGAACAUGAUCAACGCAAACCACAAGGAGGACAGCACACUGUUCGCCAAACUGCUUAUGAAGACUACUGACCUGCGCACGCUCAACACACUGCACUCGGAGAAAUCUAUAGCUGGUCAGAACAACAUCCGACUGUCUCAUGAGCGUCGUGAAAGACUGAGUACGGAUGAGUUGGACAUGGAGUUCCAGGACGCACAGAGUGUCAGAUCUGGCAGAUCAACAUCUCCGACACCAUCGGAAGUGUCCAACAUGACGACGUCCGGUUUCAGCGAUGCUGCAUCAGUCGACGGCAGUGGUACAGUAGCGUCUGGCUCUUCCACGGCGUCACAACGUCUCCCAUUCGAGGCGGCCGCCCACCAGCAGGUGGUGUUACGUACGCCAUAUGGGACCUUCUACCGCGAGGAGAUGAGCGGAUUCUACGCCAUGGUACCCGACCAGCCACGACGCCGCUGCAACACGCUGGACCGCGACACCCUGUCCCGGCCGCGCCUGCACACCAUCGAGGAGGGUAACCGUCGGCGAUACACCCUGGACCGGGAGUACAUCAACAAGAUGGUCAACAAGCUGAGCGACCGGCUGGAGAAGCGGACGGCAAUCCAUGGAGAUAGCAGCGUGCCAGCCUCGAUGUCGAACAGCGCGGCAAGCAGCCCGAUACCUGAGGAGAAGUAUCCGUACCUGAACCACAGCCGAGAAUUCAUUCCCAUAUCACGGGCCGAUUCCAUCAUCAGCAGCUCCUGCGGCAGUCCCAGUCCCGAGGGACUCCACGUCAGCUUCGGAUCAUCUGCGACCUCGCCGGGACCGAGGUCAAGGUCGGGGUCAUUCGGACAGGAGGACUGCCAGAUGCGACCCCGUUGCUAUAGUUUCCAUCUGAACAGCGAGGGCCGGGCAUCGAGGGUUUCGUUGCCGCAUCGCCACCUCCUGCCCGAUCGCGACCAGAUAGUGAACGAGUCACAGCAGCAGUAUCUGUCGCCAGAGAUGAGACGUGGGAGUGUCGGCGCGUCGUACGGGCUCCACGCGCGCAAGAAGUCGCUGCUGGUCGACCGACACCCAUCGUAUCUGAACGUGAAUCCAGAGCUAAUGAGGCAUGAGGCCGAAAAGAGAAUCGCGCAUAAUCAGGAGGUCGCAAAAUUACAGCGAAUGGUUGAGGAGCAAUCUCUGUACAACCGACACGGUCUGUAUUCAUCGACCGCCCCCGCCCCGGCUACCAUAUCGAGCGUUCCGUCUCCACCCACCCUGACUUCGAUCACGUCGCAGGACCAGUCCCCUUCCCAGUCUCCCCAGCAGACGGACCCCUCCAUGCCUGUCCUCAGCAUCUCCAACGUGACCAAUCACUCGCAGGCAGCAGCAGCAGCAACCGUCGCAGCAGCAGCAGCAACUGUUUCCGCUAGCAACCGAUCCGGAGAAGCUUCGCCGACGGGAUCUCGAUCUUCCAGUGACGAUGCUGGUGGUCAGGAAAUCUUCCACAAAAAGUUCGACAAGAUGCGGAAGCAUGUGGUGCGUUCGUCGCUUGCCGAUGAGCCGGGCGACGGUGAUGAUGGCGGCGUGUUGAUCGUGGACGAGGAGGAGGAGGAGGAGGAAGACUCGGGAGUCAGGAUGGAGAUGGAGUUGGAAGGAGGAGAUGAUGGUUACAUGAACAGGACGGACGAUAAGUCUGAACUGCUGGCCAUAAUGGCUCGAACCCCCGGAGAGGCUCAUCCGAAUCUGCUCGCCCACCUGAAAUCCCCGGCCAAGAUCCAGACACAGCAGCAGCAGCAACAGCAGCAGCAGCAGCAGCAGCAGCAGCAGCAGCAAUCUGCUGCUUCUUCAGCAGCAGCUGUGGCAGGAGUUACCUACCCGUGGAUCACGAUUCGUGGACCCUACGUGAACAAGACUGUUAAAGAGCAUUCGCCAGACCCGAUGUCCAGUAGUUAUCGGCAGCAGAAUGCUGGACAGAUGUCGUCACUAGGUCAAGGUCAUGGUCAUCCCAGUGGGUCGACGUCCCUACGAUUACAAAGUAAUACUGGUGGGCAAAUGUCACUGGGUCAGGGUCAUCUUGGUGAGCAGAUGUCGCUAGGUCAUGGUCAUCCUGGUGGGCAGACGUCGCUGGGUCAUGGUCACGGUGACUUGAAGCAGACGGUACCGAUUGGCGGAAGUAUGGGCAGCAAAGAACAGUUCCAUGCAGCAGCAGUCCUACAUCUCAAGGACAAACUUCUGCGCAAGUUCGACAGCAUGGAAAACCUGCAGAAGAUCGGCAAAGAAUCCCCUCCACAGCAGCAGCUAUCGGACGUCGUUAAAAAUCUCGACAACUCUGGAAUCCCAAAGAAUCCCGACAGCUCGGGAAUCCCGAAGAUGUGUCCUUACUCUGCGACGUCCAUGCAGCAGAACAGCCUCGAACAGAGCAUCGGGUCGGUGUUCACAGCUCAGGGAUUCCCGGCAUCCAUCUAUCAUUCCAUCCUCGCCUCCUGUCCCGUCGGCAAUGGCUCAAUGAACAUGCCGAGCCAGGCCGUCGCCCCGGCAACCUACAGUCCACACGUCGCCACGGUGGCGAAGAGCAGCGAGCAGAACGUGCAAGUGACGACGACGACAACAACGUCCUCGGAAAACAGAUCUCAGACUGACUCGGCCAGUCAGAAAUGUGUGGAACAGCGACAGCCUCUGAAUCUAACAACAUCGAAAGUUGAAGAAUCUCGCAUCAUCAGCCACAUUUUGUCAUCCGUUCCAUCGGCGAACACGGCCGUCACGUCGCAGAACGGUUUCGCAUCGUCCGCGAUUACCUCGUCCAAUCAGUCGGCAACAUGAAAAACACUUGCUCAUGGUUUCCCAUUCAUCAGCGACCACUUUGUUUAUCUUCAUUGGGCAGUUGACCCAAUCAUAAACAAGGAAUUUUCAGUUAUUUAUUCAAACGUAGAUCAUGGCUCGAAAUUAGCAUCAUCAGUGUCUGUAACUUUUGUUUAUAAUGUGUCCGAGCAAUUUGCCCAAUAGUAAACAGAGAAUUUUUGGCGAUUAUUUAUUUGAACUGAAUCAUGGCUCGAAAUGAGUAUCAUCAGUGUCUGUAACUUCUGUUUACUGUGGGGAGGUAAUUUUCCGAAUAAUAAACUUAUUCAAAAUAGCACUUCGCUUGAAAUAAGCAUUAUCAUUGGCUGUUUGUCACUUCUGUUUUAUUGUGCCCAAAAUAUUUGCCCAAAUAUAAACUUGGAACUUGGUUGAGAGUAAAUGAAUAAUUUUAUUCAGAAAAAAAACUCGUGGCUCGAAAUGAGCAUUAUUUGUGUUGUGCCGUCCUUGACAUUCGUCUUCUUUCACAAAGAUUAGAAGAGAAAAACAGAUUAAGUUGUUUGGAAACAAGCACUCUGCAUUGUGUAAUAAUAUUUCAGUAUGAAGAGGGGAGAACUGAAAAAAACAUUUUUAUGUGCAAUUGUGAAUUUAUUUUGUGUGUGUUCUGCAAGUAUGCAAGGGAGACAAUUACGGAAAAAUUAUUUUCAGGUGCAUUUGUGGAGUGUUUCUUGUGUGUGUUUUGUAAGCUCUUGUCAAGAACAAGAAGUGGAAAAUCUUUAAAUGUAUUUCUGUCAGUUGUGGAAUAUUUUCACAAAUUUUUUUGAGAAAAGAAGACAGUGUGGUAAUAUAUUAUUAUUAAGUUAAACUGCAGGUGGGUUUUUUAGGUAACCGAAAAUAUAUUUUUUUUUUUGGUCUGAAAAACUAUUUUAAAUGUGAAUUUGUUGUAAGUUAAAUACUCUGGAUGUUGUAUAACAAGAAUUUUUUUUUUUUUUUGAGAUUGGCUCAAGAAUAUAAGUUUGCUAUUGUAAGUUAAAAAAAAAAGUUAGUUUGUUUCGUUUAACGACACCACUAGAGCACAUUAAUUUAUUAAUCAUCGGCUAUUGGAUAUGAAACAUUUGGUAAUUUUGAUAUAUAGUCUCAGAGAGGAA